AUGUCAACCAGCAGUGGUCCAAGAUAUGGACGUGCACGUGGGCGAGCAGUUCCUCGGAAGAACCGGUCAGAAACAUUGUCUGUUGGAGGAGAUAUGGCUUCGAUUGCGAGCAGUUUUUUGAGCGUGGAUGUUUCAUCGCAAAAAUCAGUAGGAGCCAGAAUUAACACUCUACCAAUAAUAUCGUGCUUGUUGCAAAGAUCCGAUUACGGGAAAGCUGGUGUAUUAAUCCCAUUGGUUGCAAACUAUUACGAAAUCAAAAUCAGUCCUGGAAUUUAUGUCCAUCGGUACGAAGUGAUUAUUAAAGAUCCCAUGAAAGAUCAACCACUUGACAGGGACAUCUGUCGUUCGCAAUUUUGGGAAGCAGUAGAUAAAGAUCUGAACAUAUUUGGCAAGCUUGAAAAUUUGAUCUACAACGAUGUAAACUGUUUGUGGGUGAAAGAAAAAUUAAAUUUACCCAAUGGUAUUGAACGAAAAGAAAUCGUAAAGACAACAUCGCGUGGUGAUAAACGAGUUGCUUACAUCAUGGAACUGAAAUAUUUAAGCAGUUUUUCCGUCAGUUUAGCAAUGGAAUUUGAUGAUUCAAACAGUGCUACUGUUCAGUUUUUGAACGCACUUUUAACACAGAGCAUCCGUUGUCCGUUGAGAUCCAUUUCGAAUCAGUAUUAUCCAUUUGGUAAUUCUGUUUACGUUAUACCUAAUCAGAAUCGUAGAUGGGUUGUUCCCGUAGGAGGUGGAAUUGAAGGAUGGACUGGAUUGCACGGUGCAGUGAAAAUUGAUUCAACUGAACAUGCACUGUUUAAUGCAGACGUUUCUAGCUGUGCAUUUUUUAAAAUACGAAUCACCUUAAUCGACUUUUUCCUGGAAGUCCUAAACGAAUUUCGAGGUCGACGACCGAGUGAAUACACUGUAAAUGAAUUACGUCAAGCGAAUAGAAUUGCGAUGAAUGAUUCACAACGGAAAUCUUUAAAAAAAGCGUUGACAGGUGUUUAUUUACGACUAACUUAUGUUCCGGGAGGAAGUAGGUUAAAGGAUUACAAAUUUGUUGAUGUUGGCCAACCUGCAAACGUCACUAGAUUUCUACAUAAAAAUCUCAAUGAUCCUAAUGAUAAAGGAAGCGAAGUGACGGUUGAAGAAUAUUUUGCCCAGUACAAGGAAAUUAGACUGAAUUUUCCACAUUUACCGGUAAUUCAAAUUGGCCCUUGCCAAAAAAAAAUUUUUGUGCCAAUGGAGCUUUUGAUUAUUGCUGAUAGACCACAAAAAGUGAAGAGAGAAUUGACUGAAUUUCAGAAAGUGAAACUUAUUCGGGGUGCGGCUAUGGAACCAAAAAUUCGAAAAGAGCGAAUUAGUUCUAUAGUUGCAGAUCAGAAGUUUUAUGACGAUAUAUUUUUACAAAAUUUCGGUGUUUGGGUCUCUCCUGAUAUGAUUCAUUUGAACGGUAGAAUGUUGAAUCCACCGAAGCUGGAAUUUAAUACUAGUAACGACGGACAAGCUUUCUGUGCAGAAGUUGAUGAGGGUAAAUGGCCUCUUCGAAAUAUGUUUACAGUAUCCCCAAGAAAUAUUUUAUUUGGUGUAAUUUGUGUGGACGAAGCUAUUAAUAUCGACAAUUUCUGGGAUCCAUAUCAUAAUUUGAUAAAGACAUGCAACUUAUUUGGUAUGAAGUUUCUGAUGACUGAUCCACUUCUGGCGACAUGGAAAGGAGAAGAUCGAGAGAAGCUGCGGUCUGUUGUUCGUAGGAUGACCAGUGAAUGUAAUAUCAGAUAUAAUGGAAAUGCGAAUCUACAUGUUUUGUUCAUUAUGGCUAAUAAAAAUUCUCGUAUAUAUGGAAUAAUUAAGACAGUUUGUGAUUUGGAAGAAGGGAUUGCAUGUCAAGUGAUUUUGGCGAAGACAUUUCAUAAUAUGUCUUCGCGUCCAGAAACUUGUGCAGUCAUACAUAACAUUAUCCUAAAAAUGAAUACUAAACUAGGUGGUGUAAACAACAAAGUGCAUCAGGAUUAUGACAUUUGGCCAAAAUUUUCUGACAGAAAUGAUCCUACAAUUUUCAUCGGUAUUGACGUAAUUCAUCCACAACCAGGCAAAUUGGGCAGUUCAAUUGCAUCUGUUGUUGGAUCGACAAAUUUGGAUGCGACACGUUACGAAGCAUCAAUAAAAAUUCAACAACCAGGAAUGGAGCGUAUUGUUUAUUUGGUAGAUGCUUUAAGAGAACGUCUUUUAACGUUUUAUAAGUCAGUUGGAAUGGCACCAAAACAUAUCAUUAUUUAUCGUGAUGGCAUAUCGGAAAGUGAAUUUCUGAAUACGUUGAGGGAAGAGAUGGCAUCGGUAAAGACAGCAUGUAAAAAGCUUGAUCCCGAAUAUGCUCCAACUUUGGCAUAUGUAGUGGUUCAAAAACGACAUCAUACACGCUUUUUUGUUGAACCUGCGGUGGCUGCGGAAUUUCAAACUAUUAGAAAGAGCAAAGGUAAUAUUCCACCAGGAACAGUUGUUGAUACGCGUGUAACCAGUUCACGGCUUUUCGAUUUCUUCCUUUGUUCUCAUUUUGGCGCAGUCGGAACAUCAAGGCCAAGUCAUUAUUAUGUAUUGUAUGAUUCAUGGAAUUUAACAUCGGACGAGUGGCAGCAGCUAACUUUUGCUCUUUGCCAUCUCUAUGCUCGUUGCAAUCGAUCAGUUUCCAUACCCGCUCCAGUAUAUUAUGCACAUCUUGCAUGUUCCCGUGCUGGUGUACACAAUGAUACUUUGUAUAAUCAACAGUAUUCAUCAAAACUGCUCGAUUCUGCGUGUUCCCAACAGGAAACAGUUCGUAUCCAUCAGACAACACUAGCUGUAAAUUCGGCAACACCAAAAAUGUAUUUUGUUUAA